AUGGAACCAGCUGAAAUUUCACAGCAAGCACAUAGCGAAGACACGAGCUAUGAAAUAAAUGAAGAAGAGCUUGAAGUUGACGAAGUCCGUGAAAGAAACUCAAUUGUGAAUAUGGACAUCAUGUCUCUGCUUAAUCAUGUUUUACUUGCCAAAAUAAAAAAGGAUUUUAAACUAUGAGAUAACCAAAGUCUCACCAAAAAAGAUUUCAUUAUUAUCAUGCUUCACCAUCUGCCCGAUAUUCAGGAUAAAUUAAGAUUAGUUGGCUCUCUCAAUGAGCUAUUCGAACAAAUUGACGUAAAUCAUGACGAGAAUUUAGAAUGGGAAGAAUUCUCUAACCACAUUAUAGAAAAAGGUAUGAUCAAAAAGGACAGGACAUUUAUUGACGCUAUCAAAAAUUACUACCCAACUGAAUGGGUCGAUAAAGCCAAACAUACAAAUGAAAUUGAGCAUAUAUUUUAUCUCCCUGCAAUAAGACAUCUGCUGGUCAUGGAAAGCAACUGCAGCAGCUUUAAAAUUUAUGAUAUGAAGAAUGGGUCAUUCGUUAAAGAAGUAAGCGGACACAGAGGGGCAGUCAUUGCAGCAACUCAUGCCCAAUCUCCUCGAAGAGUCGUAACUUCUGCUAACGAUCUGACAAUUAAUUUGUGGGACGAUUCCACCUAUCUUCUGAAGCAACGAAUAUCAUGCCCAGCUAUUCCUCUUACUUUGGCAUGGAGCGAAGACUGCAAAACCCUCUAUAGCUCUGGCACUGAUGCGAUUAUAUAUGCAUGGGAUGUAGUAAGUGCCAGGGAAAAAAAAAAGGGUGAGGCGGAAAAAACCCCGCUGGGUUUUUUUCCACCAACUUUUUUACCGUUAAAUUUAUAGGAAAAUUGUGGCGGAAAAAAACCCAUAAUAAAAAAAAAAGUAGUGGCGGAAAAAAAACCCAGCGAAAACAAAAAACCGUCAAAGUCAGAGGAAAAAAACCCCCAAAUGGUGCUAAAAACGGAGGAAAAAACCCCAAUAUACAAUAUAAUUAAAUGCUUAAAAUGAUAGGCAAAUAUUAGAAAAAAUACAAAUAAAUAUUUAUAAUUUAGUUACAAUAAAUCAAUUAAAACAAUAUUAAUAUAUAGAUGUAUAGAUUUAUUCUCAAAGUAACUAUAAAGCUAUGAUUAACAAAAAUAAUGGAUAAAUAUAAAAAUCAGCUAUAAAAAAAAAUUUACAUUCAAAACCCUGGCGGAAAAAACCCCGAAACGGCGCGAAAACCAGAGGGAAAAACCCCGAGUAUGAGGUGAAAAUUGGCGGAAAAAAAAAACCCCAAUGUUUUUUUUUAUAAGAAUUUUUUUCAAAUAAUUAUUAGCAUGGAUAGAUUCUAAUGCUUAUUACCUGCUAAUUAAUAAAUUAAUUAAUUAUUAAGCUAUUUAUUCUAGUUUGCCAAUCUAUGAGUUAUUUAUAUAUUGCUAAAUCAUUCAGCGUUCUAAUUAUAAAAAGUUAUUUGAAUAAUAAACAAGAAGGUGAAAAUUUUUACUUUAAUACUAUCCAAUACUUAAACCAUAUAUUUACUUUCGAUGCGUCAUGUACUAGCUCAUCUUGUAUUCACCUGCGACACAAAUUGCACUAGCUCAUCUUGUGUCAACUUGUGGCACAUCCUGUUCUUGCUUAUUUUGUAUUCGCCUGCGACACAUCCUGUAGAGAUCAUCCUGCAUCCAACUGCGAUAUAUAGAUCGCUAUGAAAGAACACCUUAAGAGUAAAAAUAGCGAUCUUACAAGUAAAAAUGGCGAUGAAAAUGUUAUUUUUAUAGAAAAUACAGAUUUGGCUUUGCAAACUUUUUCUAUAGAUUGUAUUUGUCAAGCCAAACAUGAACUGGCCAUACAAAUGGUCUUUGCCAUUGUUAGAAGAAUUUUUAUAUAGCUACUUUUGGUCUUUAGAUAUUGUUCUACAAGGAUCAAAAUAGCAUAUAGGGGCUAUGCCAGUUCACCUUGUAUCCACUACGACAAAUCCUGUACUAGCAAAACUUGUAUCCGCCUGCAACUCAUAAGACUAGCUCACCUUUUAUUCAUCCUCUGCAUAUCCUGAAAAGCUCAUAAUAAAGGAAGCAUAUAACUUAAUCUUAACCUGAUUAAUGAGACAGGAGCAAAUAUGCUGAAUUGUAUCCGAUUCAUCCAUUGUAUUGAAUAUUUAUAAAUCCAAAAACAUAACGAUGACCCCCCUCAAUCUUCAUGUCUAUUGCGACAAAAAUUUUUCUAAAAAAUCUCUUCAUGCAUACUCAACACAACAUUUUUAUAAAAAACAUUUAAUGCAUUUUUCUCUAGGUGAGUUUCUCAAAAAAGUCAUAAAACAGCGCUGCUGUAGGAGUGCCAAUAACCUUCUCAUCGAGAUUUGGACGGCUAUUGUCAUCGCUCGCCAUUUUAUUAAAACUUAUCUAGCUAAAAGAACGGAAAAAUUUAAGAUGCGCGCAUCGAAAAUUUGUUGUAAGAGAUAUGAAAAUUAUUUUUUCUAUAUAAUAUUAUAUUAAAAAAUUGCAUUUUUGUUGCAAUAGACAUGAAGAUUGAGGGGGGUUCAUCAUUAUAUAAAAAAUCUAUCCAUGCUAAUAAUUAUUUGAAAAAAAAUUAUUAUAAAAAAAACAACAUUGGGGUUUUUUUUUCCUCCAAUUUUUCACCUCAUACUCGGGGUUUUUCCCCCUCUGGUUUUCGCGCCGUUUCGGGGUUUUUUUCCGCCAGGUUUUUGAAUGUAAAUUUUUUUAUAGCUGAUUUUUAUAUUUAUCCAUUAUUUUUGUUAAUCAUAGCUUUAUAGUUACUUUGAGAAUAAAUCUAUACAUCUAUAUAUUAAUAUUGUUUUAAUUGAUUUAUUGUAACUAAAUUAUAAAUAUUUAUUUGUAUUUUUUCUAAUAUUUGCCUAUCAUUUUAAGCAUUUAAUUAUAUUGUAUAUUGGGGUUUUUUUUCCUCCGUUUUUAGCACCAUUUGGGGGUUUUUUUCCUCUGACUUUGAUGGUUUUUGUUUUCGCUGGGUUUUUUUUUCCGCCAUCUGGAGAAAAUCCAAAAUUUUCCUAUAAAUUUAACGGUAAAAAAGUUGGCGGAAAAAACCCCAGCGGGGUUUUUUCCGCCUCACCCAAAAAAAAGCAUAAAAAUGUGGAAUCCGUUUAAACCUGAGAGAGAAGACAGAAAAGAAGAUGAUCUUGAGGAAAUUGAAGAAAACGAAGAGUACGAUGAGGACAGGAAAAGGAGAAGAUAUAGAAGAGAUGAAGAUGAGGAGCAUGGACACAAAACUGUUGUCAUGGCUCUGCUCUCCAUUAAAGAAAUGAGCAUUUUGGUAUCUGCUGAUCUGCAUGGGAAGAUUUUUUUAUGGGAUAUUCCCCAGAACACAUACAGGAGAAAACUGAAAGGGCAGGAAAAAGGGAUUUAUUCUUUGGACUGGCAUGCAGAGUCUGCUUGCUUGUUUUCAGCAGGACUAGAUAGAGAGGCAUAUGUAUGAAAUCCAUAUGUAGAAAAAGAAAUUUUCAAGCUUACUGGCCACAAUCACUCUUUAGUAGGAGUAAAAUGUGUUCCAAUAACUUAUCAAGUGAUAACUGCAGAUAUUUCAGGGAUGUUCAGAGUAUGAGAUAUCAGAACAUUUACUUCAAUCCAAAUCUUUAAUGUCCCUACUCCUGAGCUUAACUGCUUUGAUGUUUCUUUCCCAGAGAAAAGGAUAAUAACAGGGUCAAAAUAUAUGUAUAUUUUUAAGUAUGAUGAACCCCAAGACCAUCAUCUCGCUGAUGAAGGCCACACCAUAUGCACCCUUUAUAACUCUUUAUUUCAAAAUUUUAUUACAGUGCACCCCAAAACUGUAAAAAUUUGAAGUGCAGUGACUGGGCAGCUUCAACAUGUAUUUCGAGAUAUAAUCAAAGGAGAUAUUUGUGCGGCUGCAAUGGAUUCUCGGCAGAGGAAGCUUUAUAUUGGAGACUCUCAAGGAAGAAUAAGAUCAAUUAACGUGAAAAAUGGCGCGAAAAUAAAGAAGUUCGUCAGGCAUUCUGAAGAAAUAACUGGGCUAAUUUCAUCAGAAAAACUCUUGAUUUCAAGCUCAUGGGAUAAAUCUGUUAAAAUUCAUGAUGACUCGAAAAGUGACAAUGUCGGCGUCGUGAGAUAUGAUAAAAUCCAUCACAGAGAAAACGUAAACUCUAUAAGUCUUCACAUAAAUGAAGGAAUUUUAGCGUCAGGAAGUGACGAUGGUGUUAUUAUUCUUACAAAGUUAGCAAGUUUUCGACAAGAAGCAAUUAUUGAAGCUAAUCAAGUCGAAAUCAGAACUCUGAUGUUUCUAAAUCCUUAUGAAUAUUUAGUGACUUGUGAUGCAGAUGGGAACAUUUACUUUUGGAUGACUCAAGAAUCCAAAUUAAGGCAGCAUCCUCUGCUGAAGUUUGAAAAUGUUGGUAUGAAAUCUGAAACUGGCCAACCCUUGAAUUCUCCAGUCAAAGCGCUAGCUUAUAACCAUGCAAAUGAAUUCUUUUUCACUGGUGAUGAGCAUGGCUAUUUAAAGAAGUAUAAUAUAAAAGCUCUUGUUGAUAAACUCUCUAUUAUUACUUUAUACUUCAAAAGUGAUGAACAAAGCCAUAACUCCACUUUUUUGACAGAUCGUAUUGUAUUUUCUCACUUUUCAAGGAAUGACCUUGAAUUGUUUUGGUCAGUCAGAGCACAUAGAGAUGGAAUCAUCCAUAUUUCAAUCGUGGAGGCCCCAUUUUUGAUCAUUUCUUCAAGCUUUGACUGCAAUGUGCAUAUUUGGGAUGAAAAUGGAAUCAAAAAAGGGACUUUGAUACUUGGAGGAGACCCUCAAUGGAAUGUGAAUCUUGAAGUUAGUUAGUUAAGAUUAUUGAGAUGCGCUUUGUGAUACUCGACCGGGUAUUUAUAUCUAUCUUGCUUCAUUGGGCUGUCUGCCACCCCACCAAGGGCUAAUUUUUCUCCACCUUAGGCUAGGUCAAACGGAGAGUAGAGCAGAUGGAUCAACUACCGUACACCAGACGAGCUUGCUUGCACAAAAUAACAAAAAUUGGAAAUUCUGGUCGAAGUUCAGCAAAAGUAAAAACUUGUAGCCCUGGAAGCAACUCCUAAUUUCAUGCUAGGGAGUUGUCCGAUAGGUUUUAGAAGGCUUAUCUGGGCUUCUCCUUUCCAACUCCAAGCUUCCAUUCUUCCUCGAGGCAAAUCCAACUCUGAAAGCAAACUAGGACUGGGCACAAAACUCUACUGAGAUUACACACCCAGCAGAGCUGUCCAUUUCUGGGCUGAUAAACCUUGCCAAAUGUAAUUAAAUAUGUGCUUGAGGCUGCAUAACUUCCGGGCCAUAGAGCUUGGAGCGUAUAUUUAAUUAUAAUGUGAAUCUUGACAUCAAGUCAAAAGUGGAAGAAGAUAGAGAAAACGCAGAAAAGCUUCUUAAAGAAGCAAAUGCCCAGUCUUAUGAACAAUUAAUUGCAAUUAAAUCAAGAGGAAAAGACCCAUACUCAGAUGAAGAUGAGAUGAUUGAAGAAGAGGAAGACGAGAUAAGGGAAUUCGAAAUAGCCAAAAGCAAGCAUUUCCCAAGGAUUCAGAAACUUUUGAAAAAAUAA